AUGAAGAAUUUCUUUCGAAAAGGCGAACAAGGGACUGGUACGACGAAUAGCUCAAAGUCGUCGGGGUUGAACAGGAGGAAGAACAUGAAGAGAUUGGGAGGCGGUGGUCUUUCUCUCCAAACUUUCGCUAACAUGAAAUCCCAAAACAGUCACUAUAACCCUGCUCAGAUCAAAAAGCAAAAAGAGUUCUACAAGAAUGCGAAGUAUGUGAGCAAGUUUAGGAAGUCGAUGAAGCAGCAGAACUUUCAUAAUAAGGAUGAGACUGGAGAGAGUAGCAGUAAGGUAGAUGAUGAUGGUGAUGAUGAUAAGCAGAAGGUGAAAUCUAACAAGAGAAUCGGCGUGGAGGAGGUGUACAAGCAGACACGAGAAGAGAUGGAGAAAGCAAGGAUGGAGAGAGAGGCUGAAAUUAAGGCGAAGAAGGAAGCCAAAGCAGAGGCCGAAGCCAAGAGGAAACUAGCAAAAGGGAAAAUGAUGAGGAAGACUCAACAUGGUCAGCCUGUAAUGAAAUACAGAAUAGAGCACCUUCUUGAGCAGAUCAAGAAAUCAAACAAUGGAGGAAGCAGUACCGCAUGA